GAUGGAGAAUCAGCCGCCCCUCACAUCACCGGAUGGAUCCAGUAAUGGGAACCCACCAGAGAGAUGUCCCCGUCCUUUAGAUUCCACCCAGGAAAGCCACAUAAUCUCACAUAGGGUUAAAGAAGAAAUAAAAGAGGAGGAUGAGGUUGGUGUGAUGGAGGACUCUUCAGGACACAAAGAUCCCUUCAAGCACAUCAUGAUGGAGCGAUUUAGUGACACAAACUGCAGAAGCCUGAUACCAGGUCACUUUCAGGGUGAAGAACCGAUUAAUAUAAAAGUUGAGAUUAAAGAGGAAGAAGAGACGUAUGUGGGGGGUGAUCAGCCGCCCAUGGAGGAGGUUGGGAUGAUUAUGAAGAGUGAACAGGAAGAAAUGUCUCUAUUUAUCGACAUAAAUGGAUGUGAUGUGAGGAAUUCCUCGGAGAGACAUCUUCUAUUAUCUGCUGAUUGUAAGUCAGAAGAUAUUGUCAUCACACAGGAUCCUCCAGGAGGAAAUCCAAAUACACAAAAUAUACAUCACAGACCUUCCUGUCCGGAGACAUCAAUGGAUCCCUCUGAUCAGGGGGAAUCUUCUCAUCAAUCACAUACUAUGAUAAAAGCAAAUGUCUGUUUAAGCUUCCACACUGCAGACAGAUCCGUAGAUCCAUCUAAUUCCAAGGAAUCUUCCUCGCCCCAUGAAGGAGAUCACAGGGGUGGGAGUCUAUACUCAUGUUUGGGAUGUGGGAAAUCCUUCAGGACAAAAUCUGAACUUCAAAUACAUCUCAGAUCUCACACCAGUGUAACUUUUAAUUGUUCGGAAUGUGGGAAAUCUUUUAAAAAGGAAAGCGAACUACUUACCCAUCAGAGGAUUCACACCUAUUCAUGUUCAGAGUGCGGGAAGCCUUUUUCUAAGAAAAGAAACCUUAUUAGACAUAUGAAAAGUCACUCAAGCGAGCGUCUCUUUCCAUGUUCAGAAUGCGAGAAAUGUUUUACACGUAAAGAUAAUCUACUUAGACAUGAGACUACGCAUACUGACCAAAUCUGAUGACAACUGUACAGAUCCAUAGCUCCUCUCAAGACUGGUCUCUCAUAUAGAUGGACAAUCUGGGCGCCGGCCGCUUUAGUCCGUCUUCACCCUUCUUUGAAAAUAUUAAAGAAUAUCAGCCGCACUCCGCUUAGCUCCUCCUACCUUAAUAUUUAGUAGUCAAUAAGGUGACUGCAUUGAUCAAUGUCUCUACUCAAGGACCAACCUUCCAUAAUGCGUUUCACGCAGAUUGUCCCCAGCGCCCAGUUAUAGCGUUGUUGAAACAAACCAACAUCAGCCACACUCUGCUUAGCUUCUCUUGCCGUAUUUUUGAAUAGUCAAUAAGUUGACUGCCCACAGCAAUUUCCUCAAAGAAACCAUCCUUUCUUGACACAUUUCAUGUGAAACGCGUCAAGAAAGUUGGUUCUUGGGUGGAGACAUUGCUGUAGGCAGUCGACUUUUUGACUUAAAUCGUACAUAAGAGGAGCUAAGCAGAGUGUGGCUGAUGUUGGUUUACUUAACCACUUAAGACCCGGACCAUUAUGCAGCACAAAUAUGUAUUUGUUC